AUGCUCAUAAAUACUAGCACAGCGCGUCUUGCUGGCACUGCAGGAAUAUUCCUACUAGCCGCGUUCCUCUUGCGCAAAAUAUGGCUUCUACUCACAGACCCACUCAUGAGUCUUCCAGGUCCAUGGCACGCCAAACUCACAGGCGUGGUCCUCAAGAUCCAAACCAUGAUGGGCAACCGCUGCUUCUACAUCCACGACCUGCACCAAAAAUACGGUUCCGUUGUACUGAUAGCUCCGGGCGAAGUCGACAUCAGCGAUCUGGAAGGCUUCCGCGAAAUCCACCGCAUUGCCAGUGGCUUUCAGAAGACAGACUGGUACACGAAAUUCACGCCAGGGCUUGAAAGCAACGUCUUUGGCUUGGUCGACUUGCAGGAGCAUGCCGCUCGCAGGAAGCUGCUGGCCCGAGGUUUCAGCAACUCUUCCCUUCAGGCAAACUUCCAGUCUGUUGUGAGAGACAGGGCCAAGCUGGCUGUAAGUCGUAUCAAGGAGGAAGCUGCUACUGGCAACGACUGCGAUAUCCUCAAGUGGUGGACUCUGAUGGCCUUGGAUGUGACGGCUCAAGUUGCCUUCGGAAAGCGGUCUACCAUGCUCGAGGCUGGAAAGAAAACGGAAUACACCGAAAAUGUCUCACUGAUGGUUGAGGCCACGGGCAUUCGCGCCGAAGGGCAUUUCUUCUAUAACCUCAUCAAGCUCUUUUCACCCUCGACGCACGCACGAUACGAGACUUCGGUGAAGAGCGUCCCAUCCUACGGCCUGCAAGCCGUCCGCGAAACACUUUCUACCAAGCUUGAGACGUACAAUCUCAUCAGCGGCAUGGUCAAAGAGAGCGCAGAGGCAGACAGCAAAGUCAGCGAGUUUGACCUCGCUUCGCAGGCAACAGCCAUCAUCAUCGCAGGGUCAGACACGACAGCCACCACGCUGACCUACGCAGUGUGGGCUGUCCUCUCGCGGCCCGAAGUUCGCCGCGAACUAGUCAGGGAGGUUUCGCAGCUCCCAGAAGAUUACAGUCAGGGCGACCUCGAGGCACUGAGCUAUCUGAAUGCCGUCCUGACGGAGACGCUGCGCCUUUAUGGAGCUGGACCUGGAUCGUUACCACGUGUGCAUCGGUCCAAAGCGCUCACUGUUGGGCGCUACGUUAUCCCGCCCGGUGUGACAUUGACAACCCAAGCAUGGACUAUUCACCGCGACCCGACUAUUUUCCCUGAGCCUGAGAAGUUCGAUCCUGGUCGCUUUGUCAAACACGGCCUGCAGGGUCAACAGAAGGUCGCCUUCCAUCCCUUCGGAGCGGGCACCAGAAUAUGCCUGGGCCUACAUCUAGCGUACAUGGAGCUGCGGUACGGUCUAGCUGAAUUCUUCCGCGAGUGUCCUGGGAUAGAGCUUGCGGCUUCCACGACACCGGAGUCAAUGGCCAUGGUGAACUAUUUUCUGGUCAGCCCGAAAUCGAAACAAUGUAUGGUCACCAGUACCUGCAGAUAG